AUGGGAGGCAGAAGGUCCAGAUCAGGCAGAGCUGCGGCGAAGCGCGCCUCUGCCGCCCUUCAAAGCACCCCCAGAGCAUUCGAAGGCAUCGACGACGACGAGCCUGUCGCCGAGGCUGUCGAAUCCGAGCCCGAGGUCGAUGCGCCCCCCGAAGACGAUGAGGAGGAGGAGGAGGAGGAGGAUGACGACCAAAAGGCGGAUGAGUCCGGCGAAGAGGACGCCGGUGACGACGAUGGCGAGGAGGAGCCGGCCAACGACGACGGGGACGACUCAGAGCCAUCGGCCAAGGAGCCCACGCCUCCGACCGAACCAGUCGUUCGCCGCAAGCGACUCGGAAGACCACCAAAGAACAAGCCCCCUGGCUGGGACAACAUGAUCACCGUGCCCGCCUCCGAAGCCGACACACCCCGCCGGAGAGGCCGCGGUGGCUGGCGUGGAAGGGGCGGUCGCAGACCACAGCCUGGCCAGGCUCCCCCGAAGCUGAGGCAGGUCAUCGACAAGGAGGGCACGGAGGUCGAUAUUGUCGACGACGAGUGCGUGCUGCCCGAAGACUCGGAGGGCGAGACGAAGGUGGACAAGCUGGGCAACCUGCUUGGUGGUCGUCAAUACCGUUGUCGAACGUUCACCGUCAAGGACCGCGGUGAGAGGCAGUAUAUGUUGUCCACGGAGCCCGCGCGUUGUGUCGGUUUCAGGGACAGUUACCUCUUCUUCAACAAGCACCCUAAGCUGUACAAAAUCAUUGUCAGCGACGAGGAGAAGAUGGACAUGAUUGAGCGCAACAUCAUGCCGCAUUCAUACAAGGGUCGUGCCAUCGGAAUCGUCACGGCUCGGUCGGUGUUCAAGGAAUUCGGCGCGCGCAUCAUCGUCGGUGGACGGAACAUUAUUGACGACUACCGUGUUGCGGACCAGCGCGCGGCGGGUGUCGUCGAAGGAGAGAUUGCGGACCCCAGCGACGUGUUUGAUCCCUCUCAGGACUACAACACGAAUCAGUACGUUGCGUGGUUCGGUGCGAGUGCGGUGUACCAUACGAAUCAGACGCCAGCUGCCGCGGAUCCUCUUGCGGGUUUGACAGAAGUGAAGAAGAAGCGGGUCAACGUGAACGACACUAACUGGCAGUUGGAGCACGCCCGUGCCGCUAGCGAGUUCAACUCCCGCCUCAAUGCAAUCCGCAAUCUCAACCUCCAGAAGGGAGCCUACGAUAUCCACACCAACCUCAUGCAACAACCCGUCAACACGCAGCCCACUCGCGCAAGAGUCGAGGUCGUCAACCCAGACGACGCCGCCGAUCCAAAGUCCGCCUUCGCUGCCGUCUCACCUGCUGUACAGCGCAAUUUCAACGUCGUUGACAUCGUGUACGAGACGCCUCGCGCAGGCGUCCAGUCUGCUGGCAAGCGUCCCGACAACGUCCCCGAUUUCCUCAAGCCCUUCAACGGCAUACUCGCUAUCGGCGACGACCUCAAGGCCCUCUUGCCUCCCGAAUGCCGCGAGUCGCUGGAGCGCCACCAGGCCGAGCAGCGGGAGUUUGAGACCCGCUUCGGCGACGAGAAGGACACCAUGGCGCGGGGCGGACUGCUCAUCGACAAAGCCAUCGUGCCGCAGGGCAAGCAUUCCUAG